UCCGGCAUGGGAGGAUCUGACGAGGAUAGUAUUCCUCCGCCUACUGUUGAUGCUGAUGUCCUGCCGCCAGAGCAGGGGGCACAGGGUGGCGAGGAGGACCUGAUCCAGAGGUUGCCGCCGUUUCCGGGGGGGCCUGUUGAGCUAUCGCUCCUCACCCAUUAUGCUGAUCACAAGGCUCCCUGGGCGUGGCAUGCACUCCUACGCACAGACGAGCGGUAUGUGGACCGUCGACAGUUGAAGGUGGCCACAGCUGGGGGGAAGGUUUGGAACCUUGCUUGUGAUGGUGAUUCAGACAGUCACAGGCGGGUUCGAGAGUUGAUUGAGCAGACGGGUCUUCAUCAGCUACCAUAUUGCAGCUACCCGGUGACAGAUGCAGGCCUUAUUUUGGCCCUUGUGGAGCGAUGGCAUGAGGAGACUAGUAGCUUCCACAUGCCGUUCGGGGAGAUGACUAUCACCUUGGACGACGUGUCGGCUCUUCUCCAUCUCCCCAUGGGGUCGAGGUUCUAUACGCCUGGGAGGGGGGAGAGGGACGAGUGUGCAGCGCUCUGUGCUCAGUUGAUGGGAGGAUCUGUUGGUAUUUAUGAGGCUGAGUUUGAUACGAAUAGGUCCCAGACUAUUCGCUUUGGGGUCUUGCAGACCCGGUAUGAGGCUGCGUUGGCGGAGCACCGAUAUGAGGACGCUGCACGGAUUUGGCUGGUGAACCAGCUAGGCGCCACGCUCUUUGCUAGCAAGAGCGGAGGCUACCAUACGACCGUCUACUGGAUAGGGAUGUUGGAGGAUCUUGGUCGAGUGUGCGAGUACGCGUGGGGCGCGAUUGCGCUCGCUACGCUAUACGACCAGCUUAGUCGAGCGUCCAGGAGGGGGACGGCCCAGAUGGGAGGUUUUAACUCGCUCCUGCUAGGAUGGGUCUACGAGUACCUUUCUGACCGCGUCAUUAUCCGUAGGGCGGAUCCGGAGUACUCGCAGGACCAGCCUAGGGCGCGGCGGUGGGCUAUGUCCCGGGUCGGGCAUGCAGGCCUUGAUGAGAGGCGAGUCAUGCUCGAUGAGCUGACGGUGGAUGACGUUAUAUGGACCCCAUUUGAGGACCAUCGGGCUCAUCGACCACGGGAUCCGAGGGCCAUGUAUUCUGGCUACAUCCGGUCGCCAUUUGGCCGUGUUGUUCGACGGCAUCUACCAGAGAGGGUUCUGCGCCAGUUUGGCUUCAUACAGGAUGUCCCUCGACACCCCUCUGAGAUCCAGACGUCUGGGUCCCUUGCUGAGACCGCAGAUGCUGCCUUUGCUGAGUUUGCGUCGCACCUCCGCCCUCAGGGGAUCCCCGCUACAUAUCCGGGAGAGGCUGUGGAGGAUUACAUGAGGUGGUACAGCGCUGUGUCCCAUCGGUUCAUCAUCCCUGAUGAUAGGAGGGAGGAGUUCAGUGCAGUGACUGUUAUGCGUCGGGCCGUGGACUUGUUGGAGCAGUCACUCGAGGUGUCAGAUGCUCCUGCAGAGGGCACGCAUUCCCGAUCCCUCACUGAGAGGGCGCUGGAUCUUAUUAGAUCCAAUGCCUUCAUUGGUACCCAGGGGGUAGCCUUUGCUGCUGUCCGAGGAGCUAGAGCUGCAGGAGGCAGAGGUCGUGGAGACAGAGCGCGUGGAGGCAGAGGCCGUGGAGGCAGAGCCCGUGGAGAGGGUGCUCCUGCAGAGGGUGCGCGUGGAGGCAGAGGCCGUGGAGGCAGAGCCCGUGGACCUAGAGGUCGUAGAGGGGCCGGUAGGGGUCGGGGCGAGUGAUUGACUAUAUAUUUGUAUAUUUUUUUUGUAUUUUUAUAUUAUGACAUGUGACUCUUUGUAUUAGGACUCUCUUUAUAUUAAUCAUGCUUUCUAUUUUCACUCAUU